UGGCAAAACUCGAUGGUGUGCUAAAUCUUGUUCCUGUUUACGUCUGGGGUGAUAUUUAAGAAAAAAAACCCAAGACGACCGUUCUAGCUACGGACAGUGCCUCAAAGCAAGAGGUUUCCAACUUAUUUUUACAGUAACGCCUACGACACCGCGGUUGCAUCUUCUCCUGUCGUUGAGGCAGGCCGUUUCAAUGCAUUUCAGAGAACCAUUAUCACCGCGCAGAUGGACGCCAACGAUUUGUUUUCAAGUUGCAGAAAGGGCGACGUUGCAAGAGUGAGAUACCUGGUUGAGCAGAGAGAUGUGGAAUUGAAUGUAAGAGAUAACUGGGACAGUACACCUCUGUACUACGCAUGUCUCUGUGGACAUGAGGAGUUGGUGCAGUACUUACUGGCCAGUGGAGCAAAGUGUGAGGCAAACACAUUUGAUGGGGAGCGCUGUCUGUAUGGAGCUCUGAGUGACUCCAUCCGACGACUGCUGAAGGACUACAAACGUAUCACAGCUAAAACAAUGCAGAGGGACUACUAUGAACAAUUCCUGCAGACGCUGCUCGAGCAGGGUUCCUACAGUGACGUCACAUUCAUGGUGCACGGUGAGAUGUUCCAGACGCACCGCUGUGUCCUCAGUGCCCGCUCCGAGUACUUUGCCCACAUGCUGGAGACCAAGUGGAAGGGCAAAGCUGUCAUCGCUCUCAAACAUCCACUGGUAAACCCGGCUGCAUUUGCCGCCAUCCUGCAGUAUUUCUACACUGGUCGGCUGGACAUUGACGUGAGCUACGUGGAGGACUGCAAGCGCCUGGCCAGGCAGUGUAAGAUGGGUGAACUGAUCGAGGAGCUGGAGCUCAAGUGCAAGCAGGUGCAGGAGUUUGUGUCUAAUAAGCCUGGGACAUGUGUGAAAGUGUUGACUCUGGAUCCUCACGAAUGGCAGCUGCAGGAUGGCAUGUCUCUGUUGGCCGACAGCGCCCUUCCCGCCGAGCUGAGGGUUGGAUAUGGGCAGCUUCCUUUUGAUCUUACUGACAGCUUCCCGAGCUACCCCGACAUUUGCUUCCGGGUGGAGGGUUAUGAUUUCCUGUGUCAUAAGGCAUUUUUCUGUGGUCGUAGCGAUUAUUUUAAAGCACUGGUUGAAGAUCAUUUCAGUGAGGUAGAGACACUUCAGUCUCUUCCUGGAGUUCCUGUCAUCACUUUACAUGAUGUAUCUCAUGAGCUUUUCACUAGAAUCCUCUAUUACAUCUACAGCGAUAACACUCAGCUAUCCCAUGAUAAUGUAUACGAGGUGCUGUGUGUGGCGGACAUGUACCUGCUGCCCGGGCUGAAGCGUCUGUGUGGGCGCACCCUGGCGGCUCUGCUCAGAGACGACAACGUGCUUCAUAUGUGGAAAACUGCCAAGCUCUUCAGCCUGGCUCGCCUGGAAGACCAGUGCACCGAGUAUAUGGCCAAGAUCAUCGAGAGGCUGGUGGAGAGGGGAGAGUUUGCGGAGUUGAUCAGAGAGGAUGCUGGGAAUGUGACUGCGCGGCAAGAGACUGACUCCAUCCCCUUGGUGGACGAGAUUCGUUACCACAUCAGCAGCAACGUCCAGACCUACAGCGCCAUCGAGGAGGCCAACCAGAAACUGCAUGCUCUUGAGCACCUGCUCAGCUGCAUCGGCCUGGACUGCUAGACAGAGGGGGGCAACUGAGAUGAGAGAGAGAGAGAGAGAAAACAGAUCUGGAGUCAGAGUACUGAGGAGCACUGGAAAGAGAGGAUGCUUAGGAUGGUAAUACAGUGAGAAAUGAUGGCUAGACUCAAAAAAAGCUAGCUCAGUAACAACCUAUUUUAGAUCUUAACUGCCUGGCAUAAAAGUUCUAAUAUACAUCUGCAGUUCACAUACAUACACAUGCACACAGUAUAUAUUGUGAUAGUGCUAAUUUGUCCUGGGUAAAGGUAGAGGACCCUCUGGUUUACUUCUAGGAAUACUUGUGAGUUAGUUUUCUUCUAAAAAGAUCCUGAACCAGUGAACUCCAAUGUACUCUUUUCUAUUGUAGCAUGAUAUUAUAGUAAUGUGCCCUUUAUCAUGGUGGAAUAAAUUUGGGCAAUAGUGCUUCCUUAUCUGAUAAGCUAUGAUUAGUGAUGUCAGCAAGCCCAGCAUACAUUCUUAGAUGCAAGUUAGGAUACAGCACAGUCCAUGUUGUUUUCUGAAUGUUUAACUUUGUGUGAAACUACGUCAUAUAAGGAGAUUUUGUAUUGUAGCAUCACUGUGUCCUGGAACUCAGGAGAUUCAGAGAGUUGAUUGGUGAAGUUCUCCUAUAAAGCAUAAGGCGUUUUGUUUAUGCAUUUAUUAUCAGUUACAAGGACUGACAAAAAAUGAUAAUGUCAAGAAGAACUGCAAGGCGUGUGAUGGCUUCUGGUGCAUUGAUGGGUUUUUGCGAGGUGAGAAGGGCAUGUUGGGACAUCGCUGAGCUGGAGGCACUGGGUCUUUACUGAGCUGUUUGUGCAGUUCUAAAACAUGCACACACACCUAUGUAUAGCUGCUUCCAAACACUUGCAGUGUGUUAUACAUCAGUGACUCUAAAUGCAGUCCUUAAUGAGCACUUUCCUGGCCACAUAUUAGUUCUGCUGCCACUACUGGGGCAUUUGAAUGUGGUAGUCAGCUUUCUAUAUUUCUUGAUUACCUGCCUAAGGUGUGGGAGCUGGAGUGGAACUGAAAAAGUGGCAUGGAUUUGUACUGGAUUGGGAAUAUUUGUUUUGGCUCUCUCAUUUAUUAACCUGUGCAAUAUUGUGUUACAGUCUCAUGUGUGUGUAUGGUGUGUUUGUGGUUUUUUGUUUUAUGUUUUAAAACUCAUUUCAUUUUUAUUCUGUGGUGGCCUCUAAGGCCAGAAUGCAUAAUCUCGGAUUGAGAUCCAAAGUAUGGUUGAUGUCUGUGGGCGUUCCUCUGUCUGUCUGAUGGUAGGAUCUGGAUCUGAGGACAGCUCAAGAACCACCUAGAAAAGUCCUUAGCCCAGGUUUUCUUAAUAGCAGUUAGAAUUCUGCAUGGGAAUUGCUACAUGUGAGAAAUGUGACUGUGUGGAAAAAGAAGCUACAUAGAAGCAAAUAAAUAAUUAUAAAUCUUGUUA